GCCUCACUCUCCAUUCUCCCUUCUCUUCCUUCGUUCCCUCCUCUUUGUCUUCCGUUUCGUUUCGUGUCACCCCUCUGUGUCUCCUCCAUUCCGUUUUCCAAUUCAAUUGGAUUGGGGCCUGCUGUCAUUUUGGUCCAAUCUCCGCUCUGCGUUGCACCCCGCGUGACUGAAUCUCCGCUCGCCUUGUGUUGUUGCACAUUUUUUCCCAUCACUUUGCCGCCUUGCCAUCGCAUAAACCAUGGUGAUGAACAAGAGCGUCCCGAAUGCGUGGCAGGUGGCAGGCGACGAGGCCGCGGCGGCACAGGCGGUCGCGGCAGAGCGCAGCGCGGCAGUCACCGAGUUUGGUCUCGAGGACGAGGAGCGCCGCUUUGCUUCGUCUCCAGCUCCAGCUCCAACUGCGUCGGUGCCAAUCGCAACACCAAACAACCUCCAUCGACAGAUGCUGCAACAGCAGGCGGCGUAUGCGAGUGCCGUCGCUGCAGCGAGCCCGGCGACCGCCAACAGAGCCGCAGCAGCCUACGCCGCAGCAGCCAAUGCCGCGCUGCUCAUGGGAACGGACGGCGCGGACGACGACGACGACGACCACAUUCACAACCACAGGACAGCUACUGGAGGGCAAGUGUCAGCCAGUGGGAGCUACCUUGGAAGCAGCUACACGAGCCAGUUAGCAGGAGCAGGAGGCAGCGGUCAUCAUCAUCGCCGCAACGGAUCGUCAAGUGCCCAUGGCGGAAGUACCACGAGCGGCGACUCGUCUGACGACGAGGACGCUGCAUUCAACAGCUCCAAUGAGCGGAUGGCGCUCAUAUCUGGCAAGCAAGCUCAGGCGGCGUACCAGCAUCCGCAUCGCGACUCAAUCCGUGGUCCGAUCGUGCACAAUGGCACGUACUCGUCUGCUGCUGGCGGCGCUGGCGCUGGACAUAGUUCUGCCAUGUCCGCAGACACGCUGGGCAGCUAUGGCACGCUGGGAUACUCUGCGUCGAACGGAAAAGGAAGCAAUGCGUUCUCAACUGGUGGCAAGCGAGCACAGACCGUUUCGCUCCAAUCGUCUGAAUCACGCGCGGGCACCCUGUCCGGCAGCAUCUUUAAUCUCGUCAACACGGUUGUGGGCGGCGGCCUAGUCGCCUUGCCCUACUCGUACCACAGCUCGGGCAUUGUUGUCGGAGGCAUUCUGCUCGUGCUCACGUACAUUCUGGGCGUGUACUCGCUCUACCUACUGGUCCGUUGCUCCGAGCUGGCCGUCAGCAAGACUUACAUGGGCGUUGCUCGCGAGGCCUUUGGUCGACCUGGCGUCAUUGUGACCCAAAUCAGCGUGGUGGUUGCUACGUUCGGCACGAUGAUUUCGUACUUGAUUAUAAUUGGCGACAUGAUGUCCCCGCUCAUCGGACGUUGGUCGGGUGGCACGAACGCCGACUACUGCAGCCUGGUCGCCGAUCGCCGAUUUUCCAUUAGCAUUGCGCUGCUCGUUCUGUUGCCGCUCAGUUUGCCUCGCAGUAUCCACUCUCUUCGGUUUACUUCUGUUUUUGCCGUGGGCGCCAUUUCGUAUCUCUUGUUUGUCGUCAUUCUCCGCAGCGGCGAGAGUAUCAGCAAAACGGACUUGUUUGUUUGCGACGGCGGCAGCUGUGUGGUGCUCGCGCAGCUAUCCGAGUCUCUCUUCCGGGCGAUUCCAAUCAUUACGUUUGCCUUUACAUGUCAGAUGAACAUUUUCCCCAUUGUUUCCGAGCUCAAGCAACCAACUCGCAAGCGCAUCAACCUCGUUAUCGGCACUGCCAUGUCGAUUUGCCUGACGUUGUAUCUGCUUGUGGCGACAUUCGGUUACUUGACGUUUUACGAUCAAGUUCGUGGCAACAUUCUCCUCAACUACGAUGUCAAUGACGAUUUUGUCAUGGUUGGUCGACUUGCGCUGGCACUUGUGAUUACAUUCAGCUUCCCGCUAAUGGCACAGCCAUGCGUUGCCAACCUGGACGCGCUGCUCUUCCCCCGAUCUCGACCCGCUCCCGUUCGCCACUUCAUUGAGGUUUUCCUUCUGAUCGGCGUUGCAUACGCCGUCGCCAUGCUGGUCGAGGAUGUGAGCGUCGUUCUUGGCAUUUCUGGCGCACUUGGCUCGACAGUCAUCAGCUUCAUUUUGCCGGCUCUCAUCUUUUUGCGGCUUGACUCGCGCACCAAAGCUCCCAUCAAUGGUGGCAUCAGCGGAGUUUUCACACUGGAGCACAUUCCCGCGAUGGCGCUUCUGACGCUGGGCACGAUCUUUUGCGUGGUGAGCACUGUCGUCACCUUGAUUCCGGAGGACUCGGCGCCGUCGACCUCGUUGUGCAUCACUGGCAAUCACACGUCUAACGCCACGAUGGUGUGACUUUGAUUUUUUUGAGCCGCUGUUUAUUUUGUCGCAUUUGCCUGUUUUCGCGUUGUUGAUUUGGUGUAUAAUAUUUUGUUCAUUGUUUUUUCAUUGUUUUUUUGUUUUUUACUUUUUCGCUUGUGUUAUCCAUUGAAUUUUCGCGUAUCAACACUCGUCCC